AUGACAAUUGUUCUGUUGUUUUGUGAAUAUAUUGCUGAGAAACAGUUUGAAAAUUUCAAUUUGGUAUUAGUUACGGUGUAUAUAACACCCAUGGAUGAUGGCGUUUCGGCAUCAUGUUCAACCGAUCGACCACUUGUGGAUCCAUUAUCUCCAUCCGCAUCAUCGCAACAGAAUAUCGUCAAACGAAAAAGUAUCAGGCGAUUCUUCAACAAUCACCCGUCAUCAAGUCCAACUCGACCGCAGUCAGUCACAGUGGGUGUUGCUCGUAAUAACAGUAAUACAGGAGCCGUAUCUCAGAAUCGACUCAGCGCAGCAGAUCCCCUCCAAUUAGCGUCACCUUGCUCGUCCGAUUCGCACAACGAUAAUCUCUCAGUGAAGGUUUCACCUUUUCAAGUUUUAUUUUUGGUUGCAUGA